AUGCCAUGGAACCUCUGGAAUCAGCUGAUUACUCUGGGCUCUGCUUUCUUGGCUUUCGGCAUGGGUGCAACAAGGUGCAUGACUGGGGCAUUCCCAGCAGACCUACCUCCUGCACCGUAUGUGCCCUUGCUGCUGAUAAGGCCAGACUGGACGCCCGGACUCAGGAUGACUUCCUUCGAAUGGUUCUACUGGACCUGUUUGAUGCGGCCGGCGGCUACCGGGCUGACCAUCGAUACUUCGACUACUUUGAGGGACGCUGGAGAAGACACGAUCCAGAAGAUAUCAUGGCAGCUGUUGCAGCCUCCAAAUAUCCCACCAGACUGCCGACGACCCGCUUAUGGUGCCAAUCGGCGCAUCCGGCGCUGGCACACUACCUGUGGACUCCGUGUACCAUUGGCAAACUACAAUGCUGCGAACGAGCCCUGGCCUGCCUGGAUUGAACAACAUUUUGGGAACAGCCUGUUCGAGCAAGGGCCCCUGCACGACGAUACCGUCGUAGACGACGAACCUCCUAUGCCUGCUCACCUCCACAGGACUUCGCUGUCUGAUGCAGCUGCAACAGAAGCUCCGCAUGUGGUUCAGUCAGUGCUCAAGCAGGCAGCCAUAUCUGCAUGUCACAUGCCCUUGGCACCUCUGCGACCUCAGAUGCUUCACAACCUUCAUUGCUUGCCACAGCUGGUGAGGAUUGCCGAUCAUAUAGACCCCCCUGAACCUGGCUCUGCAUACCCUAGCCCCGCCGCUGCGGACAUGGACCGAGAUCCUCUUCAUGACAGUGUCCUUGAGGAUGCCACUGCAGCUGAAGGGGCCGAGGAAGAAGAUGCUGAGAGUGACAAUGCUGAGAGUGACAAUGUGUCGGCCCCCACCACACCAAUGACGGCGGCAGAAAGGGCACACCCGAUCACUGCACCUCCGCUCCAUGGCCCACCAGCUGGACCUCCUCCACCAGAGCCAGUUAAUGCUCCGAUGACCAUGGCCCACUUCCGCGCUCGCAGGACAGAACCCAGUGCAGGAUCCUCGGCCUCAGCUGGUGUGGACUCAAUGGGCAUUGCUGCGACUUGGCCUACACGAGUUCCGCAGCAUGCAGCCGAGGGAGCUCCAAGGUGGCAUCGCACUCUGGCGGCUAAUGUCCUCCACCAUCUCCAGCUGACUGGACCGGCCUAUGUGCGAGCCCCUGACUAUGCCGAGGUUGCCACAUGGAGGUCCCUCCUGAUCAGCCUCAGGGAGGCCACGCCGGCUGAGGAAUAUAUGCUCGAGCCAACCAACCCUCAGGACCUUCGCAAUCCCCUCUUCGAUCCACCGGCGGAUGAUGAAGACAACGACGAUCAAGAGGUGGACGGGAUGGAACAGGCACAGGAAUCAGAGGGGCCUACGCACGACCCCGACACCUCGGACUCUGACUCCGAGAGCGAUCAAGACGGGACCACAGCAAGGCCUCCCUCUGCUACCACGGCCCCUGCCCUAGAGACGACCUCCACUACUUCAGCAGCACCACCUCCAGGUGACCAUCUGCCUCCGGAUGACUCGGCAGAUAUGGAACCUGCUGCAACAGGCAUGCUGUAUGAGUCGGAGGUCCCGUUCACCAGCACCGGACUCGAGCUCCAGGUGAAGCCAAACGGUUCAGUAUGCGGUGCCUACCAGUUACAAAAUACCGGCCUUGCCCGCUCUUCCUAUGGUCACUUCUACGGCUCUUCCAGUGCAGCCGGCUCUCACCAUGGCAGCCGAGACCGGUACCCCUCGGCCAGCUGCCUGGCACAUACCUGUGUGCAUCCUCACAGCGAGGUCAACCAGCAGGCACUGUGGUGCCCACCAGGUGGCCCAGCCAUGUGCUGGAAGAGAGGCAAGUGCUUCAGCCACUGUCACGGCAUCUGCCACAUCUCCUUUACCGAGAGCGUGUCCGGGGACUCCGUGUACUGUCUUGGAACUCGGGUGGACUUGGCGCGACAUCUGCACAUCUUUGGAGUUUACCAAAAAGUGUACAACCAGAAGGCGGCCACCUGUCUUGAUCAGCGCCAACAAGUCUGGCAAUCGCUGCACAAAAGUUUGGAACGUGUCCCGGUCAGAGACUCAAUCCUGUUGGCUGGGGAUUUCAACACCCCUGUGGCUACCGAUCUACCCCAUGUAGGACAUCAUGUGCUGCCUAUGCCACAGCAUCCGCCGGAGGAUGCUCAGGACCUUGUCAGCCUGUAUCGCACCUUUGACCUUGUCUCCCUGAAUACCUGGAGGCACCCGACAUCCGGUGCAGCCUCCACCUUCAAAUGGGGCCAGGUCGAAUCCCAGAUUGAUUUCUUGUGGGUGAGAAGACGAGACGCCACAUCGCAGGCCAGGCAGGCAUAUGCAAUGCGAAGCUUCCAUGUGGGAGCAUCCAGGCACGGUGGAGCACAUCACUUUCCCCUGCUGUGCUGUCUCAACCUGCGUAGACCGCACUGGACUCGCACUCCGGCAAGAGCUGUCCACUCAAUUGAUCGUGAGGCCCUGCUGACUGCACUUGAUAACCCCACUCAUGUCGAGCAUGCAUGGAAGCUGAAUCACAUUCGCCAAGCUGCCAUGCAGCACAUGCAGACUAAUCCCACGAUUGCUGGAAUUGAACAGCUGCACAAGGUUCUACACCAAGCCUGCCUGCAAAUUUUCCCGAAGGCUGCCACCUCAGUUCCUGCCAAACCUUGGCAAACAACGGACGUCCAGACUGGAAUCAGGACCAUGUGGGACAAGUGGAGGGCCUUCAAACAAAUCCGAAAGAACGGGCUACGAGGAUGGUUUGCGGCCUGGAAGGCUUGGCGUGCCUUUACUGCUCACCAUAAGCAACAUCAAGCGGCCUACCGUGCUGCUCGAAAACAGGUCCUGACCACGGCUAUGGACGAGGCUCGCCAGUGUGCAUACAAACACGACACACGUGGGAUCUUUCAAGUUGUGAAUCGAAUUGCCCCGAAACAGACCAGACAUCGUCUACAACUGAAAGAUGCUCAAGGGCGAAUGCUUGAUGCCACCCAAGAGGUGGACCUCCUAGCUUGUCACUUCCAACGGCGCUUCUGUGAAACAGAUCCUGCAAUCCUGGAUGCGACCAGAGGCCCCUGGUCCACUUCUACGGCUCCGGCCCUUGAUCCCAAUGAGCUCUCCCACCAGCUGAUGCUAGUACCACGUCGCAAAGCGGUUCCGAAAGCACACCCUCCGAGUGCAGUUUGGCGAUGCUGUGCGGAUCUUGUGUCGCCAUGGCUGUGUGCAUGCCUCACGCAGACAUGGGCUUACACGGAGGUCACUGUUCCUCCUAGCUGGGCAGAUGUAGACCUAGCUCUGGUCCCCAAACCGGGGAAACCGGGCACAAAACCGGAAGACCAUCGACCCAUAGGUCUGUCUUGCCCCCUAGGUAAGAAGGUUCUAAGCUGCCUGAUUGGACCCUAUAUACCUCAGAUGCUUGCUGCCAUUCAACAGUUCCCGCAGUAUGCAUACCAACAAGGCCGGGCCCAGUACGAUGCACUUCGCAGAGCCUUCAAGCACUGUGCCUUUGUGAGGGCCGAACUUGGCUACCAUCGCAAGGACUUGCAUGCCCGGAAAGCAGGCCACAAGCCCAUUCCGAUGUUUGGUGCCCUGAUGAUCACAUUAGACUUGUCACAGGCGUUCGACAGAAUGCCUCGCCAUCAUCUUCUCCAAGGCAUGCGAGACCUGCAACUGCCUGACAAUCUUGUGGCUGUAAUCAUGCAAUGGCACUCACAAAUCCGAUAUACUGUGCACCACGCAGACCAGUCCCGCACCUUCCCUGCGAGCCGUGGCAUUCGCCAAGGCUGCUCUGCCUCGCCUCUGUUGUGGCUAGUCUUCUCACAUGUCAUAUGCACUCAGCUUGCGGCCCGCAUAGGCAAACACAAGGUCGACCAGCUUCUCACUGUCUUUGCUGACGAUCACUUUGCAGCCGACAGCUUUCGCAGUAUACCGGAGUUUGAGGCACUUCUUGACUGCAUUGUUGCCCUGUUUAGCACCCUCGAAGCCUUUGGAAUGGAGGUCAGCGAUGCCAAAUCCAAAGCUGUCUUGGUCCUACGAGGCACCUUGAGUAACACUAUCACCCGCCGAUAUGUUCGCAAAGUCCCAGGGGGCAGAGUUCUCCGUAUCCAACUUCGCAGUCGGGUCCUGGCCAUUCCCCUGGUAUCACAGUUCACGUACCUCGGUGCUCAAGUUAGCUAUCAAGCUUUUGAGAAUCAAACUCUGCAGUAUCGAUUACAGAAAGGAACUGCCACCUACAAUCGCCUCGGCUCUGUCCUCAAAGGUCACAAAACUCUGGAAACUGCUGUGAUCAAGCACCUCCGUGCCAUUCUCAGAAGCCCAGUCCAUCUCACCUUCACAACCAAUGCAGAGAUAGCCCAACAGGCGAGUCUUGCGCUCCCGCACAUUAUGCUGCAGAGGCUCCUCCAGACAGAGGAUAAGGGGCCCCUUUUCCUUGAACAGACGCCAGCCAUAGGCUACCUCGGAGCAGUGCGCUCCCGUGAAAAGCUGCAGUGUGCUGAACACGUUUGUGCGAGUGAGAAGCUAGACUCCCGAGAUCGAGCUGCUGCUCCGGAAACCAAGCUGCAGGCCUACUUGCUGACGUUGAUCUACUACCAGGCUGCAGCUGCCCAUCGGCCCAUGGUACCGAGUUGGGAUGGUAGUGCCCGAACGUGGAGGCGCUACACCAAGGAAGUUCUGUGGUAUGUGCAGGGAACGGCGGCUCACCGCCGACGUCAUUGCGCCAGUCAACUGCUCAGUCGUCUGACUGGACCAGCUCGCUUGCUUGCUAUGUCAUGGAACCACGGCAUGCUUGUUGACAACAAUCAUGGCACCAAGCUGUUUCUUCAGAAGCUUGCCAGCAGUCCCUUGGUGCGUAAGAGCUUGCCGAAUGCUGCGGCGAUAUGCCAGCAGUACUUCGCCUUCAGGCGCAGCCCUCAGGAGUCCAUCGGGAACUUCUUGGUCAGGGAGACCCUGGUGCAUGAGGAGUUCUGUGAGGCCAUCAUCAGGCUCUACGAGGAGAAGCAGGGCAUCUCUCAGGACCAACGCGAUUUUGGACUACCUGAACCUGACGACUGGGACGACCAGGCAUGGGCCGACGACUCAUGGGCCUGGUGGUCGCGGGAGGAGGGCGAUGAUGCCGACGAAGGCGAGGACCGAGAGGCAGCGACGACCACCCAUCCUCCUGGUGAUGAAGAUCCUGGCGCUGAUGCUCGUGGAAGCACUUCACCUGGGGCCCGACUUGGGGCAACAGGUUCCUCACCGAGUCACGGCGGCAAUGCAUCUGUUGCAGCUGGUGGUGAUGAAUCACCCGCUCAGGCCGAACCGGCAAAGGAGGUCAAGCCUCCCCAAACCGUCGACGAGCUCACGAUUGCCGACAGCUUCAUUAUGGGCGUCCUUCGAGGAUGGAGGCUCCUCCAAGCCUCGGGAUUAAGUCCCGAUGAGAUGCGGGACAUCUUGUCGGCAACGAAGAACUCCCUGGACUACGAGAUGAUUGCCGCCGCUCUUCAGAAUCUGUGGGACGACCAACUCCUAAACUCCCGUGGUCGUCACAAGUCUGGCUAUCACUUGAACUACGCGAACGAGACGGAAGACCCCGAGCUGUACAUGCACGAGUACGAGCAAGGCUGGGACAAUGGAAGCGGUGACUGGUGGGACGAUGGCACGGCCUACUACACGGGCUUCGAGGAUGAUGCGUGGUGGUACGGCGACGAGGACUGGGCCCCUUACGAGGCCCAGAGCGCUGCCGAAGUCAAUGCGACCCCGGACCCGGUUGAUGAGGGCAAGCUACGUGAGGCUCAGCAAGCAGAGCAGAUGGCGGAGUCUCUUGCAAUGGAGGCCCAGCGGACUUGGACGGAGGCUCAACGAGCUACAGCGGCCCUGAAGAAAGACAGAGGCUUCGGUGCGAAUGCUGGCACGAGCGCCUCGACACCACCGGGUCGUUGCUUCCUGUGCCAUGGACCACAUCUUGCUCGCGAUUGUCCAGGACGAGGAUCUGGCUAUGGUGGCAAGGGAAAGUUCAAGGGCAAGUCCAAGUACGGCUAUGCGACCGAGAUGGACGCGUACUACAUCAAGGGCAAGAGCAAAUCCAAGGGCAAGGGCAAAAGCAAGAAGGGCAUGUACCUGAAUGCCGAUGCUGUCUGGAAGGGGAAAGGAAAGGGUCCUGAUUGGGGAUCCCGGACAGUGAAUGCCUACGCAGCGUCGGCGGACUACUUCAUGGGUGGCCUUGAGCUCACAACCACCAUGGACAUGGCGUCGGCUACAACGAGUACGGCCAGGCCUGAACGGGGAAUGAUAGAUUGUGGCGCGACAGCGUCGGCAGCUCCUGAAGCUGUUGUGAAGGGGCUGAUAGCCUCGAUUCUUGAGAAGGACCACGGAGCUCGUGUGGACAUUGACUCCAACUCGCGGCCAUACUUUCGCUUUGGUGACGGGAGAUGGGGCAGGGCUCUUUACAGGGUGCAGUUGACAAGCAAGGCCUCGGGAACUGCUAGAAAGUUCUCUCUGUUUGCCCUACCGAACCCUAAGGAGUACUUUCAGGCUGCCUUUGACAAAAACUCCUUAGUCCCCAUCCUUGUUGGCAUGGACUUCUUGGGAAAGAAUGGCAACGGCUUGAUCAUUGAUUUCACAACAGGCUUGGCUACCAGUUCUCUUGAUGAUAAUCCCAAGGUGUUUCAUCUUUUGCAGAAUCAGAAGGGUCACUUCAUGUUGGAUGUGUGCGAGUACCUCACACAAGGCCAUACUGUUCUUGAAGGUCAUGCGCAUAUUGUUGUCAGCGGCAGUGACGAACACACUCCACCUUCAGAAGUGAAUGUGCUGGAUCUGCAUGUUGUCACGUUUGAUUUGACUGUCAGUGACAUGGUACAUGUCUUUCGAUACCAGCAGAUCUUUGCUCAAUGCUCGCGACAAGCUCGUCGCUUGAAGCCCCGACAACAUCCUCUUCGCGCUCUUUCUCCAAUGGCGACUCCCUCGUCCUCGGUGGACCCGGAAGUGGCCGAGAUCAUCGCGGCAGCGGCCAAGGCCAAGGCGGCGUCGGCGAAGCGCCGAACGCGGUCCCUGGACACCAACCGCUGCAUGCGUGCGGACCCUCGCGACCCGCGGACAAAUCCCAAGUGCUGGCCGUGCUACGGCAACCACGCACCGGGAGCUCCUCAAGCAAAUGCUCACGGCCAGUGGAUCCAUUGCUCCGUAUGCGACCUACGCCUACUGUACACCCCACGGAAGGGGUCACCCUCGAACACCACGGCAGUCCACAAUGCGGCGAUGGUCACGAAAAUGCUGAAGCAGCUGAAGGCACUCAUUGGGGAUCGCAAGCCAACCCAGAAGGUAUGCCACCACAUGAUGGCGAAGAUCACGGCCGAGGAAGUGCUGGAGAAGUCGAUUCGGGAGCUCAUCGCGGAGCCCCCGGUGACGACCAAGAUGACUCCGGCAUCAGGCAGCACAGCGGACGGCUACGUGCACCUGACGACCAAGGACAACGACGAGGAGCUGAUUGCGGCCUACGAAGCGAAGAUCAUGCUCUUUGUAUCUUUGAUGACUUCAGCGACAUCCAAUUUGCUGAUGGGUCUUCAGUUGGAUGGUUGUGAUGGGUUGUGGGAAAUCUCCGGUGCUCCCCACAGCUGGUUGUCACAAUCUGCUAUUCAUCAUGGACUACAAGCACGUCCUAUCAACUACCAGACAGGCUACGAUCUCUACAAGGAGGACACCUGGGAACACCUACGACAACUACAACAAAAAUCGCGACCACGUCGGCUGUGGAUCUCUCUACCUGGCGCAAAAUGGUGUCCAUGGAAGGCCAUUGAUCAAUGCGAUGAAGGACAACGGUCAUCGCUUGAAGCUGGUCGGAGAAAAGAACGACGUGUCCUUCGACAAGCCGUGAACUUUGUGAUCAAUGUAUUACGUGAUGACCCAGAUGUCCAAAUCUACUGGGAGUGGCCCACAAACAGUGCGGGAUGGUCCCAACAUGCGAUGAGAGAACUACAAGAUUGGCUACUUCAACGAGAUCUUCCCUGGUUGGCAUGUCGAGUGGAUGGAUGCGCUUAUGGUCUUCGGGAUGAACAGCAGGGCGCUUUCAUCAAAAAGCGAUGGACUAUCAAGACCACCGAUGAGAUCUUCCAUAAACGAUACCGGGCCAAGGUCUGUCCUGGACAACAUCCACAUGUCGAUCUCCAAGGACUUGAGCAUGCACCAGUAGCCUACUACCCGUGGCGACUGGUUGAAUCCAUCACUAAGUCCUGGCGGGAUGAUGCGACACCAUCUCGACAUCGACAACUACUAUCACUUCGACAUGAUCUUCCAGCUCUGUGUGAUCGUGAUGACUUUGGACCUCCCCGGGACAAUGACUCCGAUCAGUUGGAUGAAGCCUGCGAAACAGAGGACAUCAUCGACAACAACCUCGUUGCCAGCAUCACUCUUGAUGAGUCCGGCCGACUACGAUACGAACACAUGGCACGCGAGGCCAGGAUGCGAAAGCAAUUUGAUUUUGAGGUCUGUGAGAACAUCCUCUUCUCCUUCCACGAGGCUGUUCAAGCUCGAGGUCAAGGCGCAAAACACACCCGUGGGACAAUGUCCGGAGUGACAAGCUUCAGUCUCGGAGCCUACUCACAUGGAUCGUUCGUCGGUGUGUUCAACUUUACACACAAAAGCCCAGAGCUGUGCUGUUACCUCAACCACUUCCUCAAACAUCAUCUACCACAACAACAAUGGUCUAGCCUCAUGAUAACCUUGAAUACUCGAGCACUCCCUCACCGAGAUCAUCACAACUUAAAGGGCAGCCAGAACAUUCUUACUUGUUUUGGAGACUUUGAGAAGGGCGGCCUUUGGUUGUCUGGUGAUCCUCCAGGCGAUCAACCUGUACGACGCAGGUAUGUUCCUGGACGUGGAUACUUCAAGGGCUACGUGAAGGCAACAAAGGGCCAGUUUGUUGUGUUUGAUCCUGAUCAAGUUCAUGCUUCUGAAGCCUGGAAGGGGUAUCGCAUCAGCCUAUCGGCCUAUACCACAAGGCUGGCGCCCUGGCUGAGCGAAGGUGACAAACGGCUGAUAACCUCUCUCGGUUUUCCUGGAAAGGCUCUACGAGAACCAGUGGUCCCCCCUGUUGACAUCAAGGACCUGAACUCUUCAGAAUCUCAACGUCCUGAAGCUCUCACCCAGGUGACUACAAGUAACCUGAACUCGUCAGAAUUUCGACGUCCUGAAGCUCUCACCCAUGGUCCUUGUCUACACUAUGAUCAGUUUGCUGUACUACCAGAAGGGGUCUCUCAAGCAGAGUAUGAUUCGUGGGUCUCCAAGGUCGCCAAGUUCCACAAGUCAGCUGGCCAUCCGACCAACAGGAACCUCGCUCGCAUCGUUUCUGACGGCGGACAUCCCAAGUGGAAGGUGCAAGUGGCUCUUGAGCACAAGUGUCCUUCGUGCGAAGCCAAUAAACCAGGAAGUGUGAGCUCUGGUCAGAUACCACCGGCCAGCACAGCACCAAUGUACCGCGCUUGGCAGGCUGUUACGAUUGAUGCUGCCGAAUGGCCCAUUCCUGGGACCAAGAAGAAGAUGAAGUUUGUUCUCUUCAUGGACUUUGCCACAAAGUUCCGCGUUGUGGCCCCUAUCAAGAUGUACGACAUCAUGGCUAUGGAUGCGGAGUCGGCUGAUUCUGUGAUACAUGCAUUUGCCGAGCGAUGGUUGAGUGUGUUUCCCAAGCCACAAGUGGCCAUCAUGGAUUCAGCCAAGACCUUCACUUCUCUCAAGAUGCACGAGUUCCUCUCGAAUGUCAACGUCCUUCCUCAUUUCAUUGCCGAGAAGGAACAUUGGAGUCAUGGUGUUGCGGAGGCAGCCAUUCAAGAUGUGAAAAGCACUGCCACAGCGAUUCAUAUGGAAGCCCUGGAACAAGACCCUACGAUCACACUGCAUUUGGCAGCGGCGGCGCUCAACUCCACAGAGUAUACUGCAGGGUUUUCCUCCUACCAGUGGGUGUUUGGACAAAACUACAACAUCACCGACGAGGACUACCGCACUUUUGCCUCGCUGCCGAGAUCGCAACAACAAGACUUCUCUGCGUUGGUGACGGCUAGACAGCAUGCUGAAGAGGUGGCUCGUCGAACACGUGCCUCCCGUGUGCUGUCCAAACUGGCCAACACUACAGUUCGGCAACCUCUAUGUGAAUUCAAGGAGAUGGACCUCGUGAAGGUCUGGAGAAAACAGUGGCCGGCGGAAAUCUACAAGGGGCCACGUGGCGGCUCAAAGAAGUCGGGACGACCUCAUUGGAUUGGACCUGGCAGAGUGGUGUUCCAUGAGAUCCUUCCACAACAACAAGAAGGAGAUCCUCGGAGGCACAUUGUGUGGGUUCUGAUUGGGUCUCAACUCUACCGAUGCUCAGUUCAUUCAGUACGUCAUGCUACGGAGACGGAAAGGUUCGUUUUUGAGACAUCAGGCGAGGAAGACCCCAGCCGAUGGAAGACUCUUGCUGACGUACUACCUCGACGAGAGUACCACGACAUUGUGUCCGAGGAGCCAGGCGAGGAAGACACCGAACUUCCACCUCUGCCCGAACGUCCUGAUCCUACAACUGUUCAGAUACCCACUCGGCGAGUUCGUCAAAAGACCACCUUCAAGACCGGUGAUUGGACGGAUGAUCCAGUGAAAGAUCGUCUACAAGUGGUGCCCGAACCGGUCAACGCCUACGACGAAGAGGGCCCAUCACCUACGCCUGGAACUUCCUCUACUACAACAGGACCCCGCGAGGAAUCACAGCGACCUACUCCUGAACCAAAGCGCGCAAAGCUGGACUUGGACGCGACGGCUGCAACUACGACGACAAAACCGUCCUGGGUGGAGGAGCUGUACAUGGCUGAAAGCCACGCUGAACAGGAGAUGAAUAUCUUCACGGCCUUCGAAGAGUCCAACGAGUUCCUCAAGAUCGAGUUUGACCUUGAUGUCUCUUCUAACAGACAACAAAAGAUGCUCAUCAACAAUCCACAAGCAUUUCUUGUCAAAAAGAUGAGAGACUCUGAAGUGGUCAUUGCCAAACUACCACCCCAAGAACGUCAACUGUUUGUGAGAGCGAAAACAAAGGAGGUCGGCUCAUUUCUGUCAAAUGAGGCUGUCAGGAAGUGUCUGUCCAAGCAGGAGAUCAAGGAGGCCUUUGACACCAACCGUAUCGUCAAGGCCCGAUGGGUACUCACAUGGAAGCUGGUUCCGCCAGAAGAUCAUGAUGAUGCCUUACGAGAUGCCCGGGAAAACCCGGAGACCUUGCACGACAAGGCUGGGCGCCGAAAGGCAAAGGCACGGAUCGUGCUACUUGGCUUCCAGCAUCCAAAUCUGCUGGACAGAAACUUUAAGACGGCAGCUCCAGUACAAUCACUUUUGGGACGCAACCUCCUCUACCAAAUGUCUGCUCAACAUCAAUGGCCCUUAGAGGGACUGGAUUUGGCCACAGCGUUCUUGCAAACGCAACCAACGGAGGCGGAUGCGAAGCUGUGGACUACAGGAGUUCAAGAACUACGAGAUGCUCUACAAAUUGGCGAGGAGGGCAUCAUGCGGAUCUUGAGAAACAUCUACGGCUCCACGACGGCACCGAGAGGUCUAUGGCUAGAUCUACACAAGACUCUGACGGCCUUGGGUGGUGAACCAGUUCUUGCAGAACGUUGUCUGUGGAUCUGGAGGUCCCAAGAUCGUGAAGAUGGACAUCAUAAGAAGGUGAUCGGCGCUAUGGGAGGUCAUGUUGAUGACUUCCAUCGCAUCGGCGAUGGCAGUGAUGAGUGGAUCGAGCUGAAGGGCAAGGUGGACAGUGCCUACAAGUGGGGUACAGCGAAGAAGGGAAACUACCGCCAUGCCGGCACGGACGUCUCCACCAUCGUCAAGCACGACGGUGAGUUCUACAUCGAGAUCGACCAGUCCUACUACGCUGAGGGAAUACCUGACCUUGAGAUCAGUCCGGAAAGACUCCGGGACAAUGGCCCUCUACGACCUCAAGAAGUUGGUGCAUGUCGCACUACCUUGGGUGCUCUGCAAUGGAUGGGAUUUCAGACGCAACCCCAGUUGUGCGCCCGAUGCAAUCUCCUCCUGACUGAGAUUGUGGUCCAAGGAUCGUUGGCACAUGCUCGUGAAAUACAAGAGAUGUUGGGAGAGGUACGUCGAGGGUGCACAAAACUCCGUUUCUUCCGAUUGCCCACGGCGACUCACUGGUCUGAGCUUGUGUUUAUCUCCAUGGGUGACCAAGCUCAUUGCAACAGACCCAAGGGAGGCUCCACAGGAGGAUUGGUGACCAUGAUUGCUGGUCCCGAAAGCCUUCUCGGGAAAGUGUGCCCCAUGACCCUCAUUGCAUGGCGCACUUGGAAACUUCAGAGAAAAGCUGUUGGUUCGAACGACGCAGAAGUUCAGAGUAUCCUUGAGGCCGAGGACCAGAACUUCAGAGCACGUCUUCUAUGGACUGAACUUCAUGGUGCUCAUGAACAAGCAGACAGCCGUGAAAACCUGGUGACGGUCUCCGAACGUCAGGCUGCACAGAUUCGCGGUGUCCUUUGCACUGAUUCCCGUGGUGGCUAUGAUGCUGUCGAGGUGAACGAGAGUCCACUUUUGGGUUUAAGUAACCUACGAUCAGCCUUGCAGGCCUUUCAGCUACGAGAUAAUCUGCAAAGAGUGCGAUGUGAGCUACGAUGGCUGGCCAGCGACUACGACUUAGCAGAUGGUCUGACAAAGAAGAAAGCAGAGGCGCGGGUUGGCCUCCUCAAGUUCCUUGCAACGUGGCAUUGGUCAAUUGCUUUUGACAAAAACUUUGUCAGUGCGAAGAAAUCAAAGCAACAGGGUAAAACAGCGAUUGGCGAAAUCGAUGAGUUCCUCAAGGGCUACCUCGGAGCAGUGCGCUCCCGUGAAAAGCUGCAGUGUGCUGAACACGUUUGUGCGAGUGAGAAGCUAGAGCCCAAUCCGGUUGAUCCUGCCAGUGAUCAUAUCUGCUACCCUGUGCAGCUUCCGCUGCAGAAAUCUAAUGAGUCAUCAUCGGCGGAUCCCUUCAUCUGCGGACCCCAUGAUCCAUGGUGGAAGCAGGUUGAAGCAAGCCUUCAGCCACCAUCUGAGUCGGCUGUGAUUCAAGUGCCUGCCCUGACUAUGUCCCAAUGCACCUGCCCGAUAUGUGGCAUCGCUUAUGCCCUUCGAUCUGCACUGUUAACUCAUGUGGCCAAGCAGCACCCGGAGAGUCUGCUGGAACUUGAACAGCCAACAUUUGAUCGGGCAGUCGAUGCUGUAGGAGGAAUGCCCCAGUGUGCAGCAUGUGGCAAACGAUUUCCUACUUGGCAGCUUCUACAAAGACAUGUGGAGGGGCACAUAAUACCCAGUGCACUGUUCUGUGGCAAUUCUGCAUCAGCUUCACAGCUGCACGGCAUCAUGGCGGAUCAACAGAUCGCGGAGAUCUUCGGACCGGUGGCUACGGAGGGGGCGGGCCAGCUAGCCAGUCUUCUCAUGGAGGACACGCUGUUGGACAACGACCGUCCGGGUCCACACAAGCACCCCAAAACGGACGGGCGGACGGACAAGCGUCUGAGGGCGCCCUUUGGAGAGCCUUUCGGAGGGGGCUUCGGCCCUCGCUACAGAGGGCAGAACCGUCCGGGUCGCCAGGACAAGGAGGUGGCUUUGAUCAAGGCGAUGGGCAGGCUAGUGAUACGCCAAGAGACCCAAUUGCAGGUCCUGAAGCAAAACUCUGCCUGGACCCUCUACUUGAAGCCGGGCCAAUCCGGAGCCAUGCCGAUUCUAUUCAAGACUGCAGCCACCUACCGCGAGGCCUCCAAGACCAGGUUCAUGGAAGCCCCCCUACGGGCAGUUCUGCUGAGCACCCUGUUUCAGACCCUGCUUGCAUGCCUGCAGACCCUAGCCACGCAGCAGGAUCAACAAGCUCAGGCCAAAACCAAAGGCUGGCUGAACACGGAGGGCAAGUGGGUAUAUCAGCGUUGGGACCCGGAGAACCAGGUGCUCAAAACCGACGACACUCGGGCUGCCGUGACGCACCAGGAGGUCGUCAAUCAUGUCAACCUACUGGUUACUGCAGUGACGGGGAAGGACGUGAUUCAUCGCUUCAAUGCCACGAAUGGCCUGCCGGCCAAUCCGGAGCAGAUCACGACUUUUCUCCUGGAAGUGGGAUUGAGGGCCUCAGGGGUCGAGAAGGUCUGGGCAGCCCUCGAGUUCUUAUCGAACUCGACGGCCCUACAGCUGUGCGGCAUGCAGCUCAAGCGGGACAAUCUCAAGAGGAGCUCGCUUGCCAACGACGUGCAGAAAUUGCUGCAGGACUACACAGGCUCUGCUUGA